AUGUCAGGACUCGACUACCAAUAUGAAAGACCAAUUCACCCAAUUACAAUACUUGACUACCAAUAUGAAAGACCAAUUCACCCAAUCUCAGAAUCCGACUACCAAAAUGAAAGACCAAUUCACCCAAUCUCAAUACUCGACUACCAAUAUGAAAGGCCAAUUCAGCCAAUCUCAAUACUCGACUACCAAUACGAAAGACCAAUUCACCCAAUCUCAAUACUCGACUACCAAUAUGCAAGACCAAUUCACCCAAUCUCAGAAUUCGACUACCAAAAUGAAAGACCAUUUCACCCAAUCUCAAUACUCGACUACCAAUAUGAAAGACCAAUUCACCCAAUCUCAGUACUCGACUACCAAUAUGAAAGACCAAUUCACCCAAUCUCAGUACCCGACUACCAAUAUGAAAGACCAAUUCACCCAAUCUCAAUACUCGACUACCAAUAUGAAAUACCAAUUCAUCCAAUCUCAGAAUCCGACUACCAAUAUGAAAGACCAAUUCACCCAAUCUCAGUACCCGACUACCAAUAUGAAAGACCAAUUCACCCAAUCUCAAUACUCGACUACCAAUAUGAAAGGCCAAUUCAGCCAAUCUCAAUACUCGACUACCAAUACGAAAGACCAAUUCACCCAAUCUCAAUACUCGACUACCAAUAUGCAAGACCAAUUCACCCAAUCUCAGAAUCCGACUACCAAAAUGAAAGACCAUUUCACCCAAUCUCAAUACUCGACUACCAAUAUGAAAGACCAAUUCACCCAAUCUCAGUACUCGACUACCAAUAUGAAAGACCAAUUCACCCAAUCUCAGUACCCGACUACCAAUAUGAAAGACCAAUUCACCCAAUCUCAAUACUCGACUACCAAUAUGAAAUACCAAUUCAUCCAAUCUCAGAAUCCGACUACCAAUAUGAAAGACCAAUUCACCCAAUCUCAGUACCCGACUACCAAUAUGAAAGACCAAUUCACCCAAUCUCAAUACUCGACUACCAAUAUGAAAUACCAAUUCAUCCAAUCUCAGAAUCCGACUACCAAUAUGAAAGACCAAUUCACCCAAUCUCAGUACUCGACUACCAAUAUGAAAGACCAAUUCACCCAAUCUCAGUACUCGACUACCAAUAUGAAAGACCAAUUCACCCAAUCUCAAUACUCGACUACCAAUAUGAAAUACCAAUUCAUCCAAUCUCAGAAUCCGACUACCAAUAUGAAAGACCAAUUCACCCAAUUUCAGAACCCGACUACCAACAUGAAAGACCAAUUCACCCAAUACCCGACUACCAAUAUGAAAGACUAAUUCACCCAAUCUCAGCCGGCGGUGUCUGGUCUCCUAAUUCCCCAAAUAGCCCGCUGUCUAGAAUUCUGAUGCUGUCUAGAAUUCUAAUGCUGUCUAGAAUUCUGAUGCUGUCUAGAAAUUCUGAUGCUGUCUAG